AAAAAAAAAAAUUUUUUUUUUUUUUGACACAAUAAUUUUUGAUCAAAUACAUGAUAUUUCUCAUUUAAUUUUUAACAAAAAUACUCUUUAUCAAGUAUUUUUAUACAUCAUGUUUUGAUUCCUCGAGUAACUUAUCAACUAAGUUGUUCAGUCUAUAAAUAAAAUAUUUUAGUUCUUUGUAUAUAUUAUUACACCCAUAGCAUACAUUUUUUUUUCUUAUCUGUAAAGUUCUUUAUUCAUAAGAAACAAACACUUGCCCAACGGCCCUUUUUUAACCUUCUAAAAUUAUAUUUAUGCUUCAAGUGUCACAGUUAGUUCGAUAUCCAGUAAAUCACAGGAUAAAUCAAACUCUGGAAAUGUCUACUUCGAUCAAUGAGUUUAAUGAUAUCCUGAAUGCUGAAGUUCAUAUUGAUCUUGAUAAGCUGAGAGAAUCUUCAAGACAUGGUGUUCCCAUGGAAAUUAGAGGAGAUGUUUGGAAGUAUCUACUCGGAGUAAAUCCGGCUGAUAGAUCGCAGGAAUUGACUAGCGUUAAGAUUAAAUCUGAAGAAUACAACGCUAUUGAAAAAGAGUAUAUAGAAAUCAAUAAACGCAUUCGAGGUGAAGUUGGUCGAUAUCAAAAGAUUAAAAAUCUCGACGAUACCAAUGGCUAUAAGCAAAUCUUUGAAAAUGUCAUUGGAGCUUAUUUGAAUCAUAAUCGAGAUGUUGAUUAUCAUCCAGCUCUUGUUCACUUAUGCGCACCGUUUGUUUAUUGUAUGAAAAAUGAAUAUGAAGUAUACUAUUGUUUUACAAGGCUCAUGUCUACGUUAGACGAAUAUAAUUCGGUUCAUAAAAUAAAUGAGCGUGUUGCUAAUUUCAUGACAUUACUUAGAGCUGUUAUUCCCGAUCUAUGUAAUUAUUUUGAAGAAGAAGAAGUUGAUAUUAACGAAUGGGCUUCGUCAUGGUUACAGAAUUUGUUUGCGAAAGAACUUCAAUUUGAAAAUUUGUUGAGGCUAUGGGAUACAUACUUCUCUAUUGAUGAUCCUAUUGGAUUUCAUCCAUACGUGUGUUUAGCGGUAUUAAAAAAUGCUAGAGAGAAUCUUGAAGACUUGGAGCAAUCAGAGAUCCGAACAUCAUUACUGAAUUUACCUUUAAUGGAUAUGGAGCAAAUAAUUAAUCAAGCCUUCAAUAUUCAUCAUGAAAUAUUGGAAAAACAAAUUUCCGAUUCUCUUUAAUAUAUGCAAAGCAACUUAAAAAUAAAAAAAGCAUAUGUAU